AUGGCUUCCAUUCGACCGCCGAUUACGCCGAGACCUCUCCCAAUUGUUCAUUUAAACGGCUUCCCAGGUAGCGGCAAGCUCACUAUCGCGAGGGCUCUACAACAGCAGCUCAGUCCCUGUUGUCGGCUAGUUCAUAACCACUUGCUUAUCAAUCCUGCGGACGCGGUGCUACAUCGCUCUGAAGCAGGCUACCAAGACCUACGGCGCGCUCUCCGCAAAGCCGUCUUUACAUCGCUGGUCGAAAGUUCAGCCUGUCAAGACUUUGUCUACGUUUUCACCGACUUCCAAUCCAAUGAUGACAUAGGAAGCGCAGUGUGUGCUGAGUAUCUUGAGACAGCGCGUGUUCGCGGCACAGCUAUGGUGUCCAUUAUCAUCACUUGCGACGAAGCCACCAAUAUAUCCCGCCUACAGUCUGCUGAUCGCGAGGUGCAUCGCAAGAUCGUCGAUCCGGAACUGUUACGCAUAUUCCGCAAUGGCGUCAGUAUUCAUCGCUUUGAUGAGCCAGGAACGAAGAGCGUAGAGGUUGAUGUCACUGAGUUGACUCCCAUCGAAGCUGCGAGACAAAUAUUGGAUCAUAUCCUGAGGGUCUGUCCAGAUGUCGAAAGGGCAGUAGCGUCAAGCAAACUUCAGUGA